AUGGCCAGUCAAGCCGCCUCGAAGGCCAUCUCGUUCGCCUACAACGGCACCAUCGCCAGCACUCUCCGCAAGUUCGCAUGGACCAAUUUGUGGGGCGGACGCGAGUACGGCCUUCAAUUCCACGACACCUACUUCGAGCCGGCUCCAGAAGUCACCGAGGCUCUUCGUCGUCUCAACCUGAAGGAGCCACAUCUUUUCGAUCAGAGAAAGGUCCGCCUCUCCCGCGCCCACACCCUUGCUCUUCACGGUGAGAAGCUUCCAAAGGCCGAAUGGACUCAAUGGGACCAGGAAUCGUGGUACUUGAAGCCAUACCUCGACGAGAUUGAAGCCGAGAAGAAGGCGCGCGCCGAAUCGUCAGGACUCAUUCCACCAUACGAGAUGAAGCAGCACUAG